CCACCGAGGGAUUAAGUUCGUGAAGCAGCAAGUCAGUGUUGGUGUGUAUUGGUUGUUAUUUUCUAUUUGAUCAUAGCCGUUAAUAGUUACGUGGGCCACGAUGCAGUGCCGCUGGCCUCUUUUAGGUCCGCUGCGGUGGAUCACUUAUGUCAACAAGCACGUGAAGGUGAAGGCGGGAAAAGACGAAGUGCUGUGGGGCUGGCUGCUGACCGUGGACCCCGUGUCUGCCAGUCUGGUCCUGAUGGAUUUCAAAGAGGAUGGGGGAGCAUCGGUGCAGGUCGUGAUGGGUCAUGCUGUAGAGGAGGUGCAGAUCCAGCAAGAGGCUGAUGAGGAGACCACAGACCGCCUCCAGGCCUCUUUUCUCCCCCCAAAGACCUGUGGCCUGGACCCCGAAGACCUGAGGAAGAGAAGAGGUGUCAUCCAGAGCUGGCUGGAGAAGAACCGUGUCCCUGUGGAGGAGGAAGACGACAAGCUGAGGGUGGCGGGGGUCUUGACCAUCAGGGCCCCGUAUGGACCUGAAGACUGCAGCAGUUCCAACCAGAUCAUCUUAGACCGCAUCCAGAGACUGAUCCAGAAUCUGAUCCCGGUCGAUCCCUGAGGAAAAAAAAAAAUCACUAAAUGUAGGAGCCCCGCCCCUUGUCUGCCUACGCCAUCAGGUUGAAAAUGAGACUUACAAAAUAAAAGUGUGUUAGGAGACGGUUGGAAAUGUUCUGAUAUUUUGCAAAAUAUCUGGGAUAGGACUGAACAGAGAGUUAAGUAACACUGAACAUGUGGAGACUGUUUUUGAGGAGGAUGUGUGUUUAAUGGCGCUGGUUUCCAGUUUAUCCAGUUAAAUUAGUCUGUGCUUAUACUGAAAAAUGCUACCUUAUUGUAGGGAUUUUGUAUCACCAGUCUUCUGCCACCCUUUGUGGUUUUGUAGUGUUGGGGUGCUUAAAGGAAAACUCCCAUACAAUGCACUAUGAAUGCCAUCAUCCAAAUUUUUAUUUUCAUUAUAUGAAAGGUCAGAAUUGUGUAACCUGCGGCUGCACCUCUGUCUAUCACAGCUGGAUCCUGUAGCCUGCCUUUGUCACUCAAUCACACUCGAGGUGCCCCGUACCCUGUAUUUUUAUUAAAGCUACUAGGCACCAAA